AUGAACCUUUUCUUUAAACUUUCCCAUUGUGAAUUUGGUUCUAGCCAUAUCAACGAGGACUUGAUCAUGGAGCAGGGCAGGGAGGCCUGCUACUCCUGUGAGGAGUCCUUCAUGACUGAUAAUAAGAUGGUGAUGACUAUGGGCGGCAGACAUUUUUCUGAGGUCAAACUGGCCUUCCAUGUCCCUACUGUAACCUGUGUGGCUGUAAAAGUUCUUCGAAUGAAGAAGAAGAAGAAGAAGAAGAAGAAGAAGACCUCGCUUGUUGCCAAGGAAGUCCGCAUCAUGAAAUCUCUCCAGCUUCCGAACAUCAUUAAGUUGUUUCAGGUGGUCCAAUCCAGAGACACCACCUACUUAGUGAUGAAGCACGCAUCACAGGGAGAUCUUCUUCGGCACAUUCUGGAACUGGGGUCCUUACAGGAGAGUGAGGCACGAAGGUUAGUUACCCAGAUUCUCCUUGCAAUGCAGUACUGCCAUGAAAACCAUAUUGUCCAUAGAGACAUUAAGGUCAAUAGCAUACGACUUGACUACAGGGGUAACGCCAAGUUGUGUGAUUUUGGACUUGCUGCUAAAAUGACCCCAGGGCAGAAGCUGAGGGAUUUCUGUGGAACUCUGCUCUACUGUGCCCUGGAACUCUUUGUAGAGAAUGCCUAUGAUGGCUGCGCAGCUGAUAUUUGGAGUUUAGGUGUGCUUCUCAUGGUGGUCGGGUGCUUUCCCUUCAGGGCUAGCUCUUCUGAAGGUGUGAGGCGUCAGAUCCUGGCUGCAAACUUCACAAUACCUCAGCAUGUUUCCAUAGAUAUUUUCAAUGUCAUCGUCGAAAUGCUGAUGAUCAACCCAGACAGGAGGCCCACCAUUGACCAAAUCAUGAGGCGCCCCAUGAUCAGGGAGAGCAACAGGCGUUCACCACUUGUUUCCACACAGAAACGCCCUGGCACCGUGAGCCCUGACACCGUGAGCCCUGACAUUGUCAGCACCAUGAGAGUCAUGGGGUAUAAGUCUGAGGAAAUCAUUGAUUCUCUGAGGGACCAAAACUACAACCAGGUGAUGGCCACUUACUUGAUUUUCCAACACCUGUCUCCUGGGGGAGACUGCAGCCAUCAGCAGGUGAAACCCAUGCAGCCAGGCCAUGUCCUCAAACUGGCAGAUCUUCAGGCCUUCCCUGUGCCACUAAGGAGAGCUACUGAGCCUGCUCCCCUGAACUUCACCUUGCCAUCUACGCCCCAGGAGAAGGAAGGUAAGAAGAAUGCCAGGAGGGUUGGCACAAGGCAUAGCAUGCCUGCCACCCUGGGCCGCCAGUUAGCAAAGACCUACCAUUCCCACCUAGUGCACCAGAACCAUCAUAGUGCUCUUUUCCACAUGGGCAGCAGUGAGGAAAUGAGUGAGAACUUCUCUGAUUCCAAGAUCGGGUCAAGUGGCUGCCAGAUGGCUAGUGUCCAGCCAUCUCUCUUAAUGGACACUGUGUCUAGUAGGCCACACAACCGUGAGACCACAUGUGACAAUGGAAACAUGUCUUCCUGCAGUAACCUAGAGGAACUCUGGAGCUCUGUGAAGACAGCUCAGAGUAUAACCCCCAGAGGCUCCUAUUCUGCGGAUAUGUUCUGGGUAGACAUCAUCACACAAGAAGAAAACUUUAGUAAGGAAGUGAACAUCACCCAGGUAGAGGUCAUGAAUGAGAAAGAUAUCAUCACACAAAAAACAAUGACCCAGGAAGAGUCUGUCACAGAGGAAGUGACCAUUAACCAGGGAGAAGAUAUCACACAGGAAGCAACCAUAACCCAGGAAGAGGACAUGGCACAUGAAGCGACCAUGACUCUGGAUGAGACCAGGACAAAGGAAGUGACCAUGGCCGAUGGAGUGAUCAUGGCUCAGACUGAGACCCUCACAGAAAAGAGACCCUCACGGAGCAUGAAGACAUCAUUCGGGAAGCUACCAUCACUCUGGAAGUGA